CCAUGUGUGGGGGCGGAGCAUGUAGUGGAAGGAGGUGUCCCUGGGCCUUUUGGCUGUUUAUCUAGCUGAAACUGAGGAGUACAUGUUUGUUUUGGGGCUGGGAGGUCAAUACCUCCCUACUCCUAGUCUGUAGCUCUUGUCCCUCGGGCCAUGGAAAGGAACUUCUGGUUGUUUCAGUACUGAACCCCGCCUCCCAUGGCUGCUGCCUGCUGUACUAAGGCUGGGGCCUUUUUCAAGCUCACUCUGGGGCUGACUCCCACAGCAGCUCCCAGGGCUUCUGGGAUAGGUGUCGGGAGUUCUCAGCGUUGCUGUGUCUCUGCCUUUUCCCCCUGGACUAGUAGAGAUUGGUGCAGAGGAGAAGGAAUAUGUUAUUGGCCCCCUAUUGUAUCUCGACUUUCACAGCCCCGGGCCUCCUCAACUUCUACCUCCACUUCUACUUCCACCUGUCUUCUCUGUCCACAGGACACUCUCAGCGACGGCCUGAAAACUUGUUACAAGUACUUGAACCAGACCAGCCGCAGCUUUGCAGCAGUGAUCCAGGCACUUGAUAAUGAGCUGCGCAAUGCUGUGUGCAUAUUUUACCUGGUCCUUCGAGCUCUGGACACUGUGGAAGAUGACAUGACAAUCAGUAUGGAAAAAAAGGUCCCAUUGUUGCAAAAUUUUCACUCUUACCUUUACCAGCCAGAUUGGAGGUAUAUGGAAAGCAAUCAAAAGGAUCGGCAAGUCUUAGAGGAUUUUUCAACGGUCUCCUUAGAGUUUCGAAAUCUGGCGGAGAGCUAUCAAGUGGUGAUUAAUGACAUUUGUCAAAAAAUGGGGCAUGGAAUGGCAGAGUUUUUGGAAAAGAAAGUGAACUCCGUUCAGGAAUGGGAAAAGUACUGUCAUUAUGUUGCUGGACUAGUAGGGAUUGGCCUUUCUCGUCUGUUCUCGGCUUCAGAAUUGGAAGACCCCAUUGUUGGACAGGACUCAAAGCUUGCCAAUUCUAUGGGUUUAUUCCUACAGAAGACGAACAUCAUUAGAGAUUAUUUAGAAGACAUUAUGGAAGGGAGAGAGUUUUGGCCCCAAGAGGUUUGGAGUCGUUAUGCCAAGAAGUUGUCUGAUUUAGCAAAACCAGAAAAUAUUGACUUGGCUGUCCAUUGUCUCAAUGAACUGAUUACUAAUGCUUUACAACACAUCCCAGAUGUCCUCACCUAUCUUUCCCAACUAAGAAAUCAAAGUGUGUUCAACUUUUGCGCUAUUCCACAGGUGAUGGCUAUUGCUACCCUGGCUGCCUGUUAUAACAACCAGCAAGUAUUCAGGGGAAGAGUGAAGAUUCGGAAGGGUCAAGCAGUAACAUUAAUGAUGGAAGCUACCAACAUGCCAGCUGUCAAAGCUAUUAUGUACCAGUACAUGGAAGAGAUUUAUCAAAGAAUCCCAAGCUCAGACCCAUCUUCCAGCAAGACAAAGCAGAUCAUCUCCUCCGUUCGGAAACAAAAUCUUCCCAGUUGUCAACUGGUCUCUCGGAAUCACUAUUCACCUAUUUACUUAUCAUGUGCCAUGCUUUUGGUUGCUUUAAGCUGGCAAUAUCUCAGCACCAUGUCCCAGGCCACAGAAGAGUAUGUUCAGACUGGGGAACACUGAUUGACAAGUCAUCUCAAGACUAAAAUUCAAUAUUCAAUGGAAUAUUUUUAAAGGAUUUUUUUUUCUUUUAUCCUUUUAAAACUCUAUGAUGGCAUAAAUCCUCAGAAACUGAAAUGCUGUUGAGAAGAAUGUAAAAAUAAAAAGGGAAUGACCUGAUCUGUUCUACUUAGCUGGCAGAAUUUCUACAACUUUGUUCAAAUUUAUUAUAUAUGAGACUGCCAGAUUUGUUUUCAUAGGAAUCCUUUGUUAUAGGAUUAUAAUGAAAUAUAUUUAAUUGGAAGUGACCCUACUAGUACUUGGAAUUUUGGACACUGUCUAGUAAGAUUCGUGCGUGCGUUUGUUUCCUGAAUGUGUAAGAUUCUUUUGCUCAUUAUUCCCUUUGUAAAUUUCAUUGCAUGAGGGUCAGAGGCUAAUCUGUGCGGCGCCCCGCCCCCCCCCCCUUUUUUUUUUUUUUGGAGGGAGUUUGGUUUCAAAAGAAAAAUAAUUCCUGUAUUGUACCCAAUUCCCAUUCUAGGAGGUAAAGGAAAAUCUGCUUGCCUCUAAUAAAGGCGCGAAUUUGUAAAAGUUUCUGUAAUAUUUUUAAUACCCUAUGAAUGUGAAAAGUAAAAAUUAAAGUUGGGAUUCUACAGUGGCACUUAAAAAACAUACUUUCACAACAAAAAUGAGAUUAGAUAAUGAGAUUAUGAUGUGCCAAGAAUAGUAUUAGAGGUGGCAAUGUAUACAGGAAGAACCAUAGAGCAAAAAAAUAAGACACUCACUCCUUCUACUCCCCUCUUCGAUAGUGGUCACAGCUGUGGAAUAUUGUGUAAACUUUCAGAGAAAGUUAAAAUUUGAAGGCAACAGAGAAUACAGAUCAGGCAUAAACGAGAAAAAAAAAUUAAUUUCUCCAUUUAUCAUGCCUAGAGGGGAAAAAAAUGAGCAAAAUAAAAGGCUUUUAUUUUGAGAUUACUUGAAAUUGUUCAACAUGAAUACAAUUCUGUAACCUGAGGUAAUAAUAUUUUAAUAAUAAUAUUCUAAGACUCCCUGAAUGAGGGAAGUUAGCGAUAUUAGUAAUUCUGUUUAUUAAUUAGUGAACUGUUUAGCUCAGAACCUGUCUGUACCAUUUUAAAAUCGAGUAAUCAUUACACUUUGAUUAGCCAUCUGUUUCUAAAAUAUAAAGGAUCUCAUCCUUACUCAAAAAGGUUGUGGUUCAUAAGGGCUUAAAAAACAAGGUAUUUCAGAAGUGUAUAAAAUAAAGAUAUAAAAG